AUGCACAUCGGCCAACAAGACAACGUCUUUCUGCUAGCUACUGCUUGUACAGCCCUCAUCGGUGGUGGCCUCAUGGUAGGAGGAUUUAUCCUCCGGUUCGGUCGAGGUUUCGGAGAUUUCGUAACUUAUGCCCGCAAGGAUAACGAUUUUCUUCAACUUGAACGUUUGGACAUGAUUUUUGGACUUUUCAUUGCUGCUGCAGGUGUCUUAGUGCUCUCCUUCUUCGUGGCUCUUCUCGCAACCUUCCGUAAAAACAAGUUCCUGCUGAAAACUUACUGUGGCAUAAUCGCUUUGAUGAUAAUUGUGCAAUUGGUUGAUGGAUUAUUGGCUUUCCAAUAUUCGGAUUCCAUAAAGACGUUGGCUGAUGAUGAUGUUCUGUUUGAGUCCCUCAACAAAACAAUCAAAGGAAUCAACAACAAUAAGCCAGCAGAUGACACGGAUUCUCAAUUCUGGCUUCAUACGCAGAAAGUCUUCAGCUGUUGCGGUGUUCGCAGUUACGAGGAUUAUGGAAGUUACAAGAAUAAUAACGAGGCUUUGAAAAACUUGAAUUGCUUUACUCCCGAUUACAAAGUGGGUUGUGAGAAGCAGAUUCGUUCUCGUAUUUCUCAAGAUUCGCAAUAUCUGGGAGUAAGUUCGAUGGCUGUGCUUGUAGUUGAGAUUAUAGCCAGUUUUAUGGGCGGCUACCGCGCAUACCACUUGUCUUACGAGGAUUGA